AUGUCUCGUGCACGUACUUCAAAAGAUAUUUGGUUGGCAAGGAUUUUGGAUAGAUUUGAUGAACUCUUACAUAACUAUCCAAUAUUACCGAAAAAGUCGUUGACAGAAAGAAGUUUGCCGUUCAAAAUUGGCUCGAAAAUAACAAUCAAAAAUUAUAACACUUUCCUUCACAAUUAUGGGUCGUCUGGAUACAAAUUCUGGUUCAAUUUAAACAAUGACACUAAGACUGGUGAAGUGUAUAUAAUUGAUAUGGCCUCAACCGUAUAUGAGGAUGUUGUUUCACGAAUUCAAGAGUUUUUCAAAGUUCCCAAUAAUGGAUUUGUUGAUGAUCCUCUAAUCAGAGUCUCUGGACAACCUCUACACAACGAUCCUAGUGGAAUAGGGGUUGAAAUAGCUCCUGAUGUUGCUAUACGCCCAAGUAUGGCAGUUGUUCAAAGACCAGUCACUUCCACCAGAAUACCUCCUCCUCCCAGUGACAAGGGCGUGGCUGUAGGACAGGGUGUUGGUCAAUUGGGACGAAAAUGUUCGACUUGGAUGUUAGAACCAUACGUUCGUGCUGUCAUCAGCAUUAAGAUUUUAGUUCCAAGACCAGGUGUGCAAGAACCCGGAACCGGAUAUCUAUUUAGAUCAAUGACAGCAAAACUUUAUCGCCAAGGAAUGGCAAUAAAAGUGUGGGAUUUUGGGAAUGUUAAAAAAAAUUCAAGAGAUCCCCUUGGUGAUAUUAAUGACCCUACUCUUUGCAACGCACCAAACGAUCCAAGGUUUCAGAUAAACAUUCCGAUUAGUGAGGUAUUUUGGGACCCACCAUCUCCAAUUCCAUCUAUAUAUGUUCCAGUAAUCCCGACAAACGUAAUCAGUAAAAAUUUCAAUAUUGAUCUGUACUGGAUCCAGCGAGCUGCUUUACAAGCUAAAAUUUGA